ACGCGAGGGACCUUGAGGCCGCCGCCCCCAUCACAUAUAUGAAAGACGAUGGCCAGAUCCUCUCCCCUCUCGAAAGUCUAUCGUAAUCUCCGCCAUACGCUACAUCAUCAUGCAUUGCAUGCUUGACAAACUACCAUUGGAGCUUCUGGAGCUCAUCUGCGACGAGCUCGAGACUCAGGAUCUAGCCUCUCUGCUAGCAACAUGUCGCCAUACAUACAACCGAACAAUCCACCGCCUGGCCCAACGCUACUCAGAAAUACACCUCGAUUUCUCGAAGGGAAGCCUCAAUCAAAUCCACGCGAUCGCCAAUAACGAUAUCAUGCGCCAGCAUGUUCAGCGGUUGGUGGUCAUGGCUCCCGAGCCGUUUCUGGGGCGCAAUCUCGAAUGGCAGCGCAGCGCCGCGGGCCACCUUUUUAACCCCCUCGAAAAUCCCAUUAUCCGACAGUUUCGCAACAACCUGGUCGACAAGCUGGUCAAUUGUCGAUCAUUCGUGAUUUCACCAUUGGGUAAUAGUCUUGCGCCCGAGGAAGACGGGAUGGAUGUGUCUUAUGAUCAACACUUCACUCCGGACGACGCCGCGAGCAUCCUGCUUGACAUCAUCAAUGAUACUGCUCUGCCCGUAAAGCUCUUCUGGUAUGGCCGGGGAACGAACUAUCGGUCCGAGAUCAUGAACAUUCAGCGAUUGCCUAAAACACUCUUCAUCAGUCCAGGCUUUCGUGCAGGAUGGGGCUCGCUCACAAACCUCCAUCUGGAGCACAAACUCACGGCACAGAACUAUUCCUUCCUUUUGAAUAUGCUGCUCAGCACGCCGAAUCUUCGGAAACUGUAUCUCAGUCUGACACCUAAAGACCUGGCAAUUGAGUUCUAUUCGCAUGUCACCAAGUUGGAGUCUCUAUCCUGCCUAUUGGAACGGAUAUCGUUCUGCUGUACAGCCAUUCGGUCAGCAGAUCUCAUGCACAUACUCGAUCGGUCUCGACAUACACUGAAGCGGCUGAUUCUCUCUGACGUUGGAGGCUUAUCGGGGAGCUUACCCCAAUUACAGGACCAGCUGUCUAGUUUCCCCUGUCUGGAGAAGGUGGACUUGAGAAUCUGCCAAUAAUCAACGAUCAUGCACGGUACCAAUGAGAUACGAGUUACGCCUUCUACCUGCGCUCUACAUGCUUUGACCACAGCCAUACCUGCUG